ACCGCGGUCCGGGAGCGCAUUUUGACCGGAGCCAAGGGUUUCUUAAACCCACAAAAACCCCUCUUGAACAACUGCUUCCUCCUCUUCUCUCCCUCAACUAGCACUGGUAGGAUAGCACCGGAAGAAAUGUAUCUCCGACAAGUCGCAGCAAAUCUCCUAAGGAGGAUCCGAUUUUCCAAGCAAAGCAUCGAUUCUUCGUAUUAUGGGAUACCUGCCAACAUGUUGCCCACUUCGCUUUCCAGUAGUAGAAAAUGUUCCUAUAAAUACGGAUAUUAUGGUUCGGGGGCGAAUCAUAAAUAUACUUACCUGUGGACUAUCAUAGCUGGACAAGCUGCAAUUAUCCAUGGGAUAUAUGCCAACCCUGUCUUAGCAGAUGCAUCAAAUGGAAGUAGUACUGAAACUGAACUGGAAGGUGCUAAUAUAACUGGAUUACGUAAAAUUGAGGAUGGCUCUGUAAUAUCAAAUAUACAUACUUCUAAGUGGAGAAUAUUUACUGAUAAUGGGAGGGAAUACUUCCUGCAGGGAAAAUUGGACGAAGCUGAAAAGUUCUUUCUUUCUGCCCUAGAAGAAGCUAAAAAAGGUUUUGGGGAUAGGGAUCCUCAUGUUGCUUCUGCAUGUAACAAUUUGGCAGAGCUGUAUAGAGUCAAAAAAUCAUUUGAUAAAGCAGAACCUUUGUAUAUGGAGGCUGUCAAAAUACUGGAGGAAUCAUUUGGUCCAGAGGAUAUACGUGUGGGGGCUGCCUUUCACAACCUUGGACAGUUCUAUCUUGUGCAGCGCAAACUAGAUGAAUCCCGCAAGUCCUAUGAGCACGCUUUAAAGAUAAAGGGACGAGUUCUGGGACAUGGCCAUGUAGAUUAUGCAGAUACAUUAUAUCAUCUUGGAACAGUGCUACAUCUGCAAGGCAAAGAAAAGGAUGCCGAAGCCGUUAUUCAGGAUUCUAUUCGGAUAUUAGAGGAAGCUGGGCAAGGGGAAUCAAUUAUGUGUAUAAGGAGAUUGCGACAUCUUGCUCAGAUCUAUUUAAAAUCCAAUCGUCUUGCAGAAGCUGAGAAUGUGCAGAGAAAGAUCCUGCAUAUUAUAGAACUAUCACAGGGAUGGAAUUCUAUGGACACUGUAAUUGCAGCAGAAAGGCUGGCUUUGACUCUUCAAUCAGCUGGGAGCUUAAAGGAAGCAAAACAGCUUCUGGAAAGGUGUCUUGAGUCACGGAAAACUAUCCUUUGUGAAGAUCACAUUCAGAUUGGUGCUAACAUGCUUCACAUUGCUAGGGUGGCAAUGCUGGAUGCAAAUCAACUGAGAAAGAUUCACAUUUCUGAAGCAAUUGAGGAGCUUGAUAGGGCAAGAGAUCUCUUGUACGAUUCAACUAGGAUAGCAAGGCGAGUUUUAAACAAAUUGAGAAACCAAAAAGGCAGCAGGCAAAAGAGUAGGGCACCUGAAGAAACUAGAAGGGAGGGGUGUGCAGCAUUGAUAAUACUGUUGCGAUCACUUGAUUCUCUUGGGCUUUUGGAGAUCACAAAACAAGAGCUGCUGGAAUCAAUGGAAGAGUGUCUUGAUCCACCUACACUGGAAACUGAGAAUGCAUUUUUCCAAUGCGUUUCUGCUUACAAAGAGUUUGAAUCUGACAAGUUAAUAUCUGAUUCUCCUGGAGUAAAGGUUGAAUAUCUAUCAUGCUUGAAGCGUCUUUCAAGCUUGAUUAGAGAUGGAGAGUUCAAAGAGAGAAAAGUCUCGGGAAAAGCUACAUUGCAAGAGCUGAAUGAUGAAAUCAAGCGUGUUGAAGGUGAAAUUUCUCAUUUGAGGAAACAUAAAUUCUAAGCAGGAUCCAGAGUGAUGGUUCAGGCUAGAAUCCAGCGACAGCUUUAAAAGUGAUGGUGCUAGGCAUACACUUAUGAGCAAUGAUUUCUGUAUUUUAUUUUUAACCUGGAUUUUUUGUCCCUUUGCUGCUGUCAAUUUCUAGAUUUUGGAUUACAUUUCUUGAUGAGUUUACAUCUCACUGGUAAUAAGGUUGUCCAGGACGUGGCAUCAGAAGUUCUAGCUUGUAGCAGUAUGCAGGUCAACCUGCACUCGUAUCAACUCGAAUGAGAGUAAGACCAUGCAGAAUAAACAGGGUCUUCUUUUUCUUUUC